AUGGCUGAUGGAGAUGAAGUCCCCCAGGAUGCUAUCAUGCAAAUGCUCACAGGUAUGAGAGAGGAGAUGAGAGGAAUUGGAGACCGGGUUGGAAGAUUGGAACAACCUCCACCACCUCAGCCUAGAGCUGGAGAGAGGAAUGUUCAAGCUAGGAGAAACAUCCGUGAAGAGGAUGAUGAGAUUCUGGACGUGGAGGAAGAUGACAUACCCCCUGAUCCUUUGUUGCGCCAACACCAACGAAGAGAAGACCCUCUGAGAAUGAAUCAAGCUAGACGAGUAGAACCUCGUGACACUUACAAAGACCUGAAACUAACACCACCUACUUUUGCAGGAAAAUCUGAUCCAGAGGUCUACAUGGAUUGGGAGAGACGUCUAGAGCAUAUAUUUGAGUGUUAUAGCUAUGGAGAACGCAGGAAAGUAGCUGUUGCAGCCGCGCAGCUCACUGACAAUGCACUCGCAUGGUGGGACAGAAACGUGGCUGAGAGAAGGAGGCAACGUUUUGGACCAGUAGUGACAUGGAGUGACAUGAAAUACCUUCUACGGCUUAGGUAUGUUCCUGAACACUACCAUAGAGACUUACAAAAACGUUUUCGUAAGUUGUCUCAGGGAACCAGAAGCGUAGAUGAGUACUUUGAGGAAUUUGAGAAGCUUAUGAACUCCCUAGAGCUAGAGGAGUCUGAGGAAGCAUUGAUGGCCCAAUUCAUAGACGGCCUGCAAGAAAGAAUUCAAAGGAAGGUAGAGAGGGCGCAGUAUAGUGGGUUGCAUGAGCUGUUGCAUCUAGCUGCCCAAGUAGAACAACAGAUAAAGCGUAAGACGAACUUCUCCAGUCGCAACAAGACAUCUCAAACAUGGGCGUCUAGCAGCUCAAAACCUGUAGAUAAAGGGAAGAACGUGGAGAUUGAUUCUCGGUUCAAGAAGAACAAUGCUGAGACAUCCAAAACCAACAGACCUGAGCAAGGUAAGUUUCCCAAUAAUAACUCUUGA